AUGAAUCUUCUGCUGGUAUACGAGUUUUCCACGAUCCCAGAUGUACAGCCAACUGUUGAACUCGUUAAAAACAAAGAAUCUUAUCUUUACAAUCAAACAAUUAUUCUCACAGCAACAAUCCAAGACACAGAUAUCGGAGACGAACUUACACUCACAAUUUCCAAUGAUCAUUUUGGAACACAUACUGAAACAAUCACAUCCGAUGGUGAGAAUAAAACUUUCAACUUCACUUUUGUAGCAGAUGAAGCAAAGAAUCAUGUAUUCACAGCUACAGUUAAAGAUCAAGUGGGCAAGCAGGCAACAGCCACAAUUUCAGCUAUGGUUUAUCCAUUAAGAACACAGCCUCCAAAAAUCGACCCAAUACCAGAAUCAAGAACCUACACAACACAAACUCUUCCAAAUACUGUUAUCACUACAGAUCUCCCGACAACAGUUUAUAACGGAACAAACUUUUACUUAUCAAAGUCUUACGUACAAUAUGUAACUCUUCAAGGAGAAACAUAUGUAGUUGUUGAAGUUGAAACAAAUGUAUUGUAUGCCAGGGUUGGAGAUGCAACACCUAAACCACAGGAGAAGAAGAGCAAAUUACCAUGGUGA